UCGAACCUUUUUCAGGAACUUUGCCCUCUGCUGCAGUGUACAAGAGACGAGAGAGCCAGCGAGAGAGGGAGUCCGAGGGAGAUAGAGAGCCAGAGAGCAGUAGCAGCAGCAAAAGCUCAAGCCGUUCCAGACAAUGUGUAACUCGAGGGAUGCUCCUUAGUUUUGAAUGAGCGGAAUUGUGAUGACUGCGCGGUGGAUCAAGCCGGCGUGGAAGCUGGUUUGAAGCUGAGAAUUACACUUUUGGUGUGUGUGUACAUGCAAUUUGAGCUUUCUAGAAGCAGUUGGAACCGCAGGGAUUGAUCGAAGUUGAAGAGAUUGGCAAGCACCGAUCGAGCCAUGCCUUCUCAAUCUCAAGCGAGGCAAGUGGGUCUGCAGUCGACGUACCCAACUCAACUAAAUUUCAACGCGCUGCCGCCUUCCACAGCCCGUGCGCACUGCCGAUCGAAUGCGCCUCCGAGUGCGACGGUCGUGGACAUGGAGAGCUGGUUUCCUGCCAGCACUGGAGCCUCGGAGUUUGUCACCCGUAACUGUGGGUUGAAUAGUUGUCAGCAGCGAACGGAGAUGCCGGUGGGUGCUGUCAGCGACAGCACUGGGAUCAGCACGGGGUGUGUGUUCUCCCAACUCGUCGACUUCCAGUCCGAUACUUGGUGGCCUCCCAUCACUGUUCAGGCCGCCUUGCCCACCGAUAUUCUAACCCAACGGAAUGAAGGUCAAAUCGGCUGUGACACGAAAACCGGUGCUUUGAAUAAUUCUGCGUCGUUCUCUACAGGCAAUGAGAUGGAAUCAUGGCGUCGAGAAACUGUCAACGUCGACGUCUCCGACCUGGGCUUGGUUAGCGAACACCCAGAACCUGCGAUGGCAGUGGUGAGCGUCGCCCCAAUCUUAGUGUCGCUUUCGUGCACAAAAAGUGCCGGAAGAAAAGAAAGUCAACGACUGGAAAAGGGGGAAUCAGUGAGCGCGCCCACGAGCCCCUCCGAAUUGCGGCUUGUGAAGGAGAAGACGAACCAGCUUGGAGUGAAAAAAUCCAAGGGGAGCGGGAAGAGGCCUGUGUCGCAACGGGAGAAUCAUAUCUGGUCCGAACGGGAGCGUCGCAAAGGCAUGAAUUGCCUCUUCACCAGACUCCGGAACCUUCUCCCUCAUCCCACCUCAAAGACCGACAAAUCGACAGUGAUCGGGGAAAUCAUCAAGUACAUCCAGUCGCUGCAAGUGAAGCUGGAGAUGCUCACGAAGAAGCGCCAGCAGGUGAUGGCUGCUGUGUUAGCGAGACCGGGUAUGUUCGUGUCGAACAACAGCGGACUAACAUUAGUGGACCAUUCGAACUUCGACCCAUCAUCCAUGACGGCGAUCACUGCAUUGCCGCCUCCGGGCAAGGAGUCGUGCCUACAAUCCUACUUGGGGACCAACGUAGGGCUCCAUGUGUGCGGCCUGAACGUGUUCAUCACCACCAGCAGCCCGCGAGGGCGCCAAGGUCUGCUGCAACAGCUGCUGGUUACAAUUCACAAGCACCAACUGGACGUCAUCAACGCAACCAUCUCCACCAGCAGCACCUCCGUUUUCCAUUGCUUGCAUUGCCAGGCAUCACAGAACGCGGAGGUUCUCAACAACGACUUACAUAGCGCUUUGCAGAGUAUCAUCACCAACUUUGGUUUACCGCAGUAUUAGAUCACGCGGAGACGAGCAUGUUCAGGCAGGCAAAAUAUGUUAACACAAGAUGAAAAUCCACUUUCCGCGUAGUACAUAACGAUUUGCUUUGUUAGUGGGCGGAGGCCAAAAUGGCUGUGACCAAGUCUUAUGAUCCGAUGUCAGUGAGGUCAUUGACAAAAACAGAUAUGGUUGUUCGGUUACUGACAAAUCACCAAGUGAAAGAUAUUGGAGAGGCAUAAGAGAUGAGCUAGGAUGUAGACCUGCGGGAUAUUUAUCAUCUUUUGGCAAAGGAAGAGCUGUAAAUGUCGAUGCAUUGACAAUUUUUGUAUAAUAAUCACUCCUCUUCAACGACGGCUACUGAAUUUACACAA